UAAGUCGGUCCAAAUUCAGACACCUUUCGGUCUGUCUGAUGGGUUGCACGUCGAAAGAUAUAAUUAAAAAUGGUAAAAAGACUGAUAAAAGAUUCCGCAAGUAAUUUAUCAGUGGAAAACGUCGUCAAAAUGCAGACAGCGGAAUGAAUAGCCUAGUCUAUGAUAACACGCGCGCCUAAAGAGCGCGUGAGAUAGUGGGACUCCACAAAAUAUUGUCAACGAGUCUUUUUGAAACUCGCCAGCCAUGCAGGUUAUAUACCCAGAAUAACCCACCUGCAGAAGAAAAAAGAAAGAAAGAAAUCAUCUCCGCCAUUAAUCGCUGAGAAGAGAUUCACAAGAAACGAUGCCGAGCAAGCUGAAGAAGGCGAUCGGAGCGGUGAAGGAUCGGACGAGCAUAAGCCUCGCCAGAGUCGCUAACGGCACAGUCUCCGGCGUCGGAGCAUCGCUCGAGAUCGCCAUCCUCAAGGCCACCACCCACGACGACGACGACCCCAUCGACGACCGCCUCGUCUCCGACAUCCUCUCCAUCAUCUCCUCCGACAAGUCUCACGCCUCCGCCUGCGCCGCCGCCAUCGCCCGGAGAAUCGGUCGGACCCGGAAUUGGAUCGUCGCUCUGAAAUCCCUCGUCCUCGUCCUCAAGAUCUUCCAAGACGGAGAUCCGUAUUUCCCGCGCGAAGUCCUCCACGCCAUGAAACGCGGCCCCAAAAUCCUCGAUCUCUCCAGCUUCCGCGACGAUUCCAACUCCUGCCCGUGGGAUUUCACCUCCUUCGUCCGUACAUUCGCGCUCUACCUCGACGAGCGACUCCAUUGCUUCCUAACCGGGAAAUCCCAGAGACGGUACACGAACCGGAACCAAACCGGAACCCGUUCCCGGCUCGCCGUCAAGAAUACCGAACCGGCGGUUCGAGACAUGAAACCGGUGAUGAUCCUCGACAAAAUCACGUACUGGCAGAGACUGCUCGACAGAGCUAUCGCGACUCGGCCAACAGGAGCUGCGAAAUCGAACAAGCUCGUGAAGGCGUCUCUGUACGCAGUUGUUCAAGAGAGUUUCGAUCUGUACAGAGAUUUUUCCGAUGGAUUAGCGCUUUUGCUGGACAGUUUCUUCCAUUUGCAGUACCAAUCUUGCGUCAAGGCGUUUCAGGCCUGUGUUAGGGCUUCGAAGCAGUUCGAAGAGCUCAACCUGUUCUACGAUCUCUGCAAAUCGAUCGGCGUGGGACGAGCUUCAGAGUAUCCGAGAAUUGAGAAGAUUUCCGAGGAGUUGAUCCAGACAUUGCAGGAGUUUUUGAAGGAUCAAUCUUCAUUUCCGGCGAAUGGUGGAAAGUCUCUGUCUCCGAGUGACGCCCUUCCGCCACAGUCGAGAUCGUCGAGAGAUUCGACGGUUUCGAGCUCGCAUGACUACGGAGAUUCGUUCGAUAUGUCUGGUGGUAGGUAUUCUGAUUAUGGUUCGUAUUGCAGUACAUUAGAGGAUCUGAUGAACAAGACGGAUGCAGAGGGGACAAGUCCUCCGAUGUCGUGUUAUUCCGAACCCUACGGCGGUAUUCGAGAAGAUCCAGGAAAUAGUUUCGACACAUUUUCCACGAAAUCUCUUCCCAAUGUUCCUUCGGUUUCGGAUUUGAUGACAGUCGAUCUCGAUUUGCUCGAAGAUGUUAACUCCGGAACCGAAGCUAUUCAACAAGAAUGGCACGAUCCAAAGGCUGAACCGAACGAUCCUUGGGAGGCGUUAAUGUCGAGAGGUGAACAUAGCAAGAAUCCGGCAAGCAUUCCUCAAGAACCCUCGCCGUUAGAUGAUCAGAAAGAUCCCGGGAAUUGGUUGCUUGCGUUGGAAGAAACCGCGACAGCGGCGCAAGCGGACAACACAAUGGCGUUGGUGCCGUUUGGGUUAGACCAAACAACACCGGCAAUCCAAAUGGACUCCGACCAAUACAACCCCUUCUUGGAAGAUCCUUCCGGUUCCAAUCCCUUUCCCAUGGGCCCUACCCCUACGCCACCAGAAAACGUGACCGGAGAGGCGAGACCGAGAUUGUUUCAGACGGAAAGCGAACCCACGUUUCGGGCAAAUGUUCCCGAGGAUUUCGAGUGGUCGUUUACCCCGACGUUCAGGGCGGUGGAGGAGGAGGCUUCCUUGGGAAAAUGUGAUCCGUUUGGGACCGGUGAAAGUUUCGGGAUUUUCGGAGAGGCAUUUGUAGGGAAUGGGAAGGUGGUGGAUCAGCAAACCGUGUUGGAAGAACAGCAGUUAUGGUUGCAGAACCAGAGCAGGAUCAUGUCUAAGCAUUUCAACUGAUGUAGACUUCAUUGUAAUCCUAAUUCCGUUGAUAAUUUAGGCGUAGAGAGUUUGGUGGGCAUGACAAAUGUUUCCUUCUCUGUUAAUUUCUUACAAACAGUAACCCAACCCUUUUAACCCGAUCCUUAUCAGUGUUAGAAAGGCAUGGGGGAUCUAUUCAUAUAAAAACUCUUGGGUAUUAACCCACUGGGAAGU